CGCUCGUACAGUUUACAAACACACGCAACUGAGUCUUUUUUAUCAGUUUCCUUGAAAACCCCUAUAUAUAUAUAAGAAAUAUGAAGACAUAUGCUCUGGUCCUUUAAUUCCCAAGUAAAUACUCCCGAUCAGAGGAAGUAUAUUUUUUAUCGUGCUCCGGAAAAUGAAGAAUUUCAUUUCGAAGUAUGCUGUAGCAAUGAUUGUCAUGUGGCCUUGACCAACGAUCCACAUGAAACCGGUCCGAUGUAUGAGAUAGCCAUUGGUGGUUGGAAGAAUACCAAGUCGAUAAUACGUUAUGUUGGCAGGCAACCGGAUGUCGCAGCUGCAGCUACUCCCAAUAUUGUCAACGAACAUGAAAUGCGUGGGUUUUGGGUUCGUUGGCGUAAUCAAACAAUUUCAGUUGGACGCAAGGGUGAAAGUUUGCCAUUUAUGUCUCAUCAAGAUUUGCAAAUGUUUAAUGUGAAUUUCGUUGCAAUAUGUACCGCCUAUGGGUCCACCGGUUCCUGGUUGUUCGAUGAUCCAUUUGCCGGUGUCUUUUGUGAAAAAGAAGCAAAAUUGGAGAGUAUUGAAAAUAUGAAAUUUGUAAAAACUCCCAAUGAGAAAAAAUAUAAAUACUAUCCGGCUCACGGGGAAAUGUUCGCCUUCUAUGUUUGCUGUGCCAAUGAUUGUCACGUCUCACUGUCCAACCACGCCGAUAGGGUGAAACCAUUAUAUGAGAUUGCCAUUGGUGGCUGGGCUAACACCAAAUCCAUUAUACGCCUAAUCGGCAAGGAACCCGAUUUGGUUGCUGCUCAAACCCCAGAUAUUUGCAGUCCGCAUGAAAUGCGUGGUUUUUGGGUGCGAUGGGAUUACAAUUGUAUCCAAGUCGGUCGCAAGGGUGAAGCGGUUGCCUUCAUGUCUUAUCACGAUAAAAAUUUAUUUCCAAUUAAUUAUGUUGGUAUAUGUACGGCAUAUGGUUCUACCGGUACUUGGUUUGUUGGUGAAAAUACAUUUGAGGUUUCCAGUGUUCCGGUCAUACCUAAUAUGCUGGCUGAUAACAGUAAAUUACACAAGCUAAAUACACCAAAUGAGAAGAGAUAUAGAUUCUAUCCGGUGCAUGGCAACUCAUUUUUGUUUAAAGUCAAAUGUGCCAAUGAUUGUCACGUGGCCCUGUCAUCGAACAAUGAGGAACGUUUGCCUUUGUAUGAAAUAGUCUUAGGUGGCUGGGCUAAUACCAAAUCGGUAAUACGUAAAAAUUACAAAACCCCAGAUCUUGUGGAGGUACAAACGCCUCAAAUUGUCAAUGCAAAUGUAUGGCGAACUUUUUGGUUGUGUUGGCAAGACAAUGUCAUUCAGGUGGGCCGUGAGGGGGAAUCAUUGCCUUUUAUGACCUACAAGGAUCCAAAUUUGUUCUGUGUAAAAUAUUUGGGCAUUUGUACAGCGUAUGGAUCCAGUGGUUCGUGGUUGUUCAACAAAUCCUUGGAUGAUGUUCUAAUUUCGAAUAGGAUUUUGAAAGUUAAAACUCCCAAAGAGAAGUCCUAUGUCUUUUAUCCGAUCCGACGAAAUGUCUUUCAAUUCAAAGUUAAAUGUGCCCAUGACUGUCAUAUUGCCUUGUCGGCCCAGCCAUUGGUGGGUUUGCCCAUGUACGAAGUUGUUAUUGGUGCCAUGAGUAAUACAAAGUCAGUUAUACGAGAUGUUGACAUGGAACCACCGGAGGUAUUUGAAACCGCUUCCCCGGACAUUGUGGAUGCCCACGAGUUGUGCGGAUUCUGGAUACAUUGGAAUAAUACGUCUAUUGCAGUGGGUCGUGAGGGUGAAAAAAUCUCAUUUAUGUUCCAUAAGGGUAUCAAACUUUUCCCCAUCAAGUAUAUUGGGAUAUCUACUGGUUCUGGUGCAACAGGUUAUUGGGAAUUUGAAGAUGAGUGUGGAACUGGUGGGAGUAAUUAAAUAAUGAACGUAUUUUUAUUUUUGUAGAUAAUAAUGCUUGAGUUCAUUUUAAGUCGGCCACAUGUCGUAAACAUAUUUUGAAUGUUAAUGUUUUAAUAACGAAAAUUAUUCGUAAAACCUGCGAAUAUAUAUAAUCCAAUAUAAUCCAAUGGUCAUCCAAAAAGCUAGAAUUCUUCCCCAUCCUUAACUCUCUUCUCAGGCAUGUCGAUUGGCUUCAGUUGUAUGAUCAGUAAUUUUUUUCUGUUUUGUUUCAUUUGAGCCCCUUAAUAUUUUGCGAUCAUCUUUAAAAGCAAGAAGCCCUUCUGCAUCUACAAAUUUAGACCCAUCUAUAUUAUUUGCUUGUCUACGAUACUUGGCUAUAUUCAUCAACGAAAUCAACAUAAAAAAGCCAGAAGUUCGCCUUUUGUGUAUUUCGGAUAUCGCCUGUAAGUAAUGUUGGUAUUUUUUCACACAAAAGUAGUGGUCCAUUCUACUCGCUGUCCUUUGGUUUCUAUUUGCGACUUUAUAACGGCUGCAAAAUCAGGAACAUUUUUAGUGGUUGGUCCAUUUCAAUCCCUAAAUAUAUUGCGGUCAUCUUUGAAAACAAUAGCUCUUCUGAGCCUAACCCUACCCUUGUGACAAUUUUCGUGAAGAUCGGACGAAAAUUGCAAUCUGUAUAUAAUAACCCCAACCCGUGUUGUAAG